UAGAGUGUCGAAACCGUUAUCCCAGUUGAAAAAACGGAUCAAAACGUUGGCCAAACCUCGCGAGACGGUCGAUAUGAGCGUUCACUGUAAAUUGGAUCUUACCAUCUCGAAAGCUGCGUUGCAAGCCGUUCCAUCUAAGAGGACGAUAUUAUUGGCGCUGCCCAAUAUAAAAUUAUGCGAUUUCGGUCGGAUUUAUUAUCAAGUUUCGCCGGCAGCGUUAAAAUACGAGGCGACCGAGAGAAUCCUUCAGCUCAGUAAACCUCGUCUCUAUCUACCCGAGGAGUGUAAGCCUUCGAAAUUGUCGUUGUGCGAGAAACGAGUACUCGAUGAGGAAAGAUUGAGGAAGUUGGCUUUGGCGAAAAAAUUGAUCGAUUGUCCCCAACAGUUGACCAAAGAGGAGAUGGAAGAGCUUUUCACACCUCAUGAUCACACCUUGGAUGAGCUUUCUAGCUUUGCCGUCGUACAAGAUGAUAAAGGGGAGGAAGGACCCGUUGGCGAAAACUUGGAAGAAAUUGUUGAUCAACAAGAAAGAGGAGAGAGGUAAAGAGGCCUUGGCCGAGUACAAAAAGAAGAAGCAGGAGGAAAGGAGGAAAGAGAGGAAACGGAAGCCCGAGGAACCCG